AUGGCUCAUGCCUGGAGGAGUUCAUCUGUCUCGGUGGACGUGGUUUUACGCACACUCUUAUCCAAAGUGCGCACUGGAAUGGCGGAGGAAACGACCAACGGGUCGUCUCCGGAUCUGAAAGAGCUGGAAGACAAAGUGGGGAUGAAAACGCCAGAGAGGCUGGUGAUGUGGAUGAGAGAUGCUGCGCACUGUGAAGGCUGGAGCUCCGUGACUGACAGCGGAAACACGAUUUCACACCAAAUCAACAGCCUGAGACAGGAGAUGAGGUGGCUGCGCUCUGCCGACGUGAGGAUUCUGCGCCAGCUAUUGACUGUGCAUGAGGGCACUGAGGCCAUGCGUUGGCUGAUGGAGGAGCGCAGCAAUUUAGCCAGUUUGGGCAGCAGUUUGACAGGUAGCCUGAGCAGUCUGGUGACUAUGGACGAGCCUUUCACAUCUUCCUGCAGACGCAAAUCCAAGAUGGUGAUUGUCCUGCUGGUUCACCGGGCCCUCAAAAAGUCAGUGAUGUAG